AUGAAGCCCUAUCUCUGGGCCCUUUCCUUCUUAUCCUGCCUAACGCUGGUGUGCGGCCUCUACGACGAUGUCCCGGACUGUGCUCUACCAUGUCUAUUCGAGCCCCUCGACUACACGCCAUGCGAAUUCUCCAAUUCAACGUGUCUAUGCGAAGACAUGAAAUACAACAUGGCCGUGGUCCACUGCGUCCGAGUUCAAUGUAGCGUGGAACAAGCGUUGCGUAGGAUAUUCACCCUUCGGUCAUUUUUGAGGUGGUGGCAAGGACUAACAGCGCCGUUGAUAGUCACGAAGAACCGAACCUGGCAGGACUGCGGAUUCAACUACCACGACGAAAGCGCCACGAUCUCCUGGGUUCCCAUUUUCCUCUUCGGCGUCGUCACACUCUUCUUCGUCGGACGGCUGACUACGAAAUGGAUGGGGCUCUCGACAUGGGGAUGGGAUGACUGGACGAUUGUGUUUGCAUAUAUUAUGAUGAUUGCAUUCUUGGUUGCAACUGUGUUGGGAAGACGUUUUGGGUUCGGGAAAGACAUAUGGACGCUCACCGUGGAACAAAUCACUGCAUUCAUCAAAGUAAGAAAAGACUUCACAGCACCCGACGGUGCGGUCGACAUCGCUGACCAAGCAUCACAGGGGUUCUUCGCCUUCGAGAUUUUGUACUUCGUGACGCUUGCCGUCAUCAAAGCCUCGAUCCUGUGUCUCUACCUGCGCAUCUUCGGCGCCAUCACGGAGACGUUCCGCCAGGUCCUCUGGGGUACGCAGAUCUUCAACAUCGCCGUCUGCGUCACCUUCAUCGUCGUCAACCUCAACCAGUGUAAGCCUCUGAGCUACUUCUGGCACGGGUGGGACGGCAAACAUCCCGGGUACUGCAUUAACCUGUCGGCCAUGACGCUCUCGCAUGCCGUCUUGAACAUCGCCAUCGACGUUUGGAUGCUGGUUCUUCCGGCGACGCAGAUUUACAAGCUCAACCUGCAGAAAAGGCAAAAAGCAGGCAUCAUGAUGAUGUUUGGCGUUGGUAUCUUUAUCACGAUUGUCAGCGCAAUACGCUUAAGAAGCGUAUCUGUCUUCAACAAAUCAUGGAACCCGACUUAUGACUUCUUUGGCCUCGCGCUGUGGUCACACAUCGAGCUGUGUGUGGGCAUGAUCGUUGCGUGUAUGCCGGCAGCCCGCUCGCUGGCCAGACGCCUCUUCCCCGAACUGCUUUACGUCACCAACAUGUCGACGAGGAGAGGGUCGACCAGGGCGUCGGGCAACGUCAAGAUCGUCUCGCAGGACAUCGCCACAAUCCACAUCGACGACUUUCCAGAAAGCUCCAUAGCGAAUUCGAGACAGAAAGAUUCCGUCGGCACCCUGACGCCGGACCGGGUGCCCUUGAGGCGGCUGACGACCAGCGACAGCUUGUUGGAGGUGACCAGCGAACCGAACUUCUCCUUGUUUGAAGGGUCCAACAAGGGCAGCAAGAGCAACGAUUGGUGA